AAUAAAUUAGAAUAAACUGUACUAAACCAAUAACAUGUACAACCCAUCAAACGGGUAGGCCUUUAUGCAGAAUUUUUUAUAACAUCUUUAUCAUUACUUUGAUGUAGGUACAAGACAGAAGAAACGGCAUGGGUGUACUUCUACGUCAAGCUAUCGUGACCUUGGUCGUUUUGAUUCUCAUAUUAGACAUGCAUCAGACUGCUGCUAGAAGAAAACGAUUGUGUAAACUGAAGAAAAAGAAAGGCGAGUGUGUUGAUAUCAUACCAAGAAAAAUAGUCCGAAGAUACAAACAUUGCAAGGGGUAUGAUUUACGUAAAGAGGGAUUAUGCGCAAAGAUUAAAGGAACGUGCAUGUUGAUUGAGACAGCCAAAGGUCGAAAAAUGUGCGAGUGUUUUAACCCAGGAAGGUUAUUUAGAGACCAGCCAAUGAACUUUCAAGAAUGGGUCAGAGACAAAUAUACCAACAAAUCAGCCAGCCUAUAGAAUUAGAAACAACAUCAUUAUCAAUUAGUUUCUAAAAGCAGAUAGUAAACAAAACAGUUAUCAAUCUGUGUGAACUUUGAAAUUACUUGGACAAUGCGUAAUUUGAUUUCAAAAUAGAAGGUUAAAAUGAAGAUACACAUACAUAAAUACAAAGUCUAUAUCUCGACAUUUGGUCAAAUUUCUGUCAGUUAAAUAUUAACAUGACUUAAAUUCAAUGAAAAUGUUUUAACUUAAUGUUAUCAUAUAAAAUGAACUUAUAAACAUUGUAUGAAUCACCAAGUAAAUAAAAGUGCUACAACUUUCAGUGAG